GUCAUGCGGCAACCAGUCACCCUCAAUAUCGGCGAGGAGAUGGUGAGCGGAGACUUGCCGUUGCCGUGUUUGUGUCCAUCCGGCUCACUCGAGUCCUUAUCACCUCUGCUUCUACUUCUACAGCCGCCGGAACCUUUAACUCCACCCCCCGCUCGAGGUAAUGCCUCCGCUUGUGAUGCUCGCAUCCCCCUCCCCCUCAUCUACCGUGUCGUCCACUCUCCUCCCACCGCCGCCCGCAGAUGCCGCCCAAGGUGGUCGCCGUCGCCGCGGGCGAGGCCCACACGCUCGCCCUGACGGGUGACGGGGAGGUGUACUCCUGGGGCAGGGGCCCGUUCGGCCGCCUCGGGACCGGCCGCGAGGACGACGAGCUCGUCCCCGCCGCGGUGGCCCCCGCGGUCGCGGCCGGAGGGAGGCCGCGGCCCAGGUUCGUCGCCGUCGCCGCCGGAGCCUACCACAGCCUUGCGCUGGACGAUGACGGUUCACUCUGGUCAUGGGGCUACAAUAUCUAUGGUCAGCUUGGCUAUGGGGAAGAUAAUUCCCUUUUUCCAUGUUUGGUUGAGCGUUUUCAGGAUCUGGGUUCUCCUGAAGCACUGGAGGAUGAAGCACAGAGCACCAGCGCCCGGACUUCUUUGAAGUUGUCUUCUGUCAAAGCUGGUGGCAUGAUGUCUUUUGCCAUAGACAGUUUGGGAGCCCUGUGGAUGUGGGGAAAUUGCCCACAACAGACUGAUGCUGGAGAGUUCUGUAUUGCAAGUAGCUCUGUUCCACUACCUGUGUGGGAUUUCCAUGGACACUCCGUAGUUAAGGUUGCCUGUGGUAAUGAGCAUGUAGUAGCUGCAGUUAGUGCUGGAGAGACCUAUACUGGAGGUGACCUUGUUUGUUACGCUUGGGGAAAUAACAACCACGGCCAGUUGGGUCUAGGUGACAAGGAAAGUAGAUCUCGUCCUGUGCUUAUCUCAGCAUUUAGUGAAGGAUCUUCUUGGGAGGUGUAUGAAAUUGCAUGCGGAGCUUGGCACACUACUGUGCUCACCAAUAAGAAGUCUUUUGAUGAGGAUCUAGAAUCUCGGUGCUGGACAUUUGGCCUUGGUGAUAAUGGGCAGCUUGGCCAUGGAACCACAACUACCAUUUGCUCACCACAACCUGUUGAUGGCUUACCAACCGGAUCCUUCCUUAUUUCUCUUGAUUGUGGAUUGUUCCACACAACUGUCGUAUCCUCCGAUGGAGAGGUGUGGUGCUGGGGAAUGGAGAGAGGUCUUGGACUGUGCCCAGAUGCUAGAUUUUCAGGAGUUGAUGCUGGGGAUGCUCUAUAUCCAAUAAGAGUUCAAUAUCCUGAGACAAAUGGGUUCAAAUUUCUUGGUCCAGUGCAGGUCACCUGUGGAGCUGCCCACACUGUUCUUGUUGCUGGUGAUGGGUACAGGAUGUGGGCAUGGGGCAGAGGCCGCAGUGGUGUGCUUGGGAGAGGCCAGACUACUGACAGUUACAUACCAUGCGUUGUGACGUGGCCUCCACUUUACGAGAACUUCCAAGAUAUUCAUGAGGACCUAGCGGAGGCAUCGACGUCAAGAGUGAAUGACCGCACUAGCACUGAGUUGGAGCAGAAGCUAUCUGCUGCCUCAGCGGAGUUACAGUUCCUCAGGUCAAAACUGACGCUCAUGGAGAGAUAUGCCAACAUACUUCACAUCUCAAUCUUCCGUAAGCCGCUAGACGAACGGACGCUACCGUGCUCACUUCAGGAAUCUCCGGUCUUUGAUAUCAGAAAGGAAUUUGAGAACAUCUUGGAUGCAGCAGACACUGAUGAACUCAAUCGUUUGGAGAUCUUUUACCGCAGCAUGCUUUCUGGUGUGAAAGAUAAGCUUCUGAAGAGAAGAGUCCAAGAGAUGGUCCAACAAUGCAUUAUUUCACUCUCUGCAGGGAGGCAAACCCCUCAAGGUCAGUGAACUGGAUGAUUAUAAUUGUUACUAAACAGCAAGUUCCAUUGUACAGUAUGACAAUAUUUGGUGCAUCAAAAUUGAAUAAGCCCUCUUUAUGCCGUCCUAUUGUCGUUCUAUCUGUUUCUUCAAAAAAUAUAGCGAGGCAGUCAAACUAUACUGACAUCAUGAUGAUCACCUGGUCGACCAUUUGAUGCGGGCGGCAUUACUGACAUGUAAACGUGCAUGCUGUUUAUGAUGUUCUUUAUAUGAUAAAUGCAUACUAGAUAAAUUGUAUCA